AUGGUGGUUAACUCUUCCUCCUCUAUGCAGCAGCUACUGUGCCAUGAUAGUGAGAGCUCUGCCUUGCUUCAGUUUAAGCAAAGCUUUUUGAUUGAUGAGGAUGCUUCUUAUGAUCCUUCUGCUUAUCCAAAAGUUGCAAUGUGGAAAUCCCAUGGAGAAGGAGAAGGAAAAGAAAGUGAUUGCUGCUCGUGGGAUGGUGUUGAGUGUGACAGGGAGACUGGUCAUGUCAUCGGCCUUCACCUUGCCAGCAGUUGUCUCUAUGGUUCUAUCAACUCCAACAGCACCCUAUUCAGUCUUGUUCAUCUCCAGAGGCUUAACUUCUCUGAUGACGAUUUCAAUUGCUCUGUGAUCCUAUUUGGUGUUGGAAACCAGUCCCUUAGAAAUGUUGCAUCUUGCUGGUACAAGUUUUUCCGUUACACCAAAUUCAAGUUUUUAGGAUUGGAUGCUUGCAACUUAACCAAGAUUCCUGAUUUUCUGCAGAAGCAAGAUGAAUUGAAGUUUCUCUCCCUCUCCAAUAACAAAAUUCAUGGUCCAAUUCCAAAGUGGAUGAGGAACAUAAGCAAAGAAACCCUAGAGUAUCUAGACCUUUCUGGAAACUUUUUAACAGGCUUUGACCAACCUCCAGUUGUGCUUCCAUGGUCCAGGAUUCCUCAAUGUCUGGCCAACUUCAGCAAAUCUUUGUUCGUACUAGAUCUGGGAAACAGUCACCUUGAUGGCCCCAUUCCUCAAACAUGCACAGUGCCAAAUAAUUUGAGGGUGAUUGAUUUAGGCGAAAAUCAAUUCCAAGGCCAAAUACCUAGAUCAUUUGCCAAUUGCAUGAUGCUCGAGCACCUUGUUCUCGGAAACAAUGAAAUCGAUGAUAUUUUCCCUUUUUGGCUUGGAGCUCUCCCACAACUACAGGUUCUUAUUUUGAGAUCCAACAGAUUCCAUGGUGCAAUAGGGAGUUGGCAUGCCAAUUUAAGGUUUCCCAAGUUGCGUAUCAUUGACCUCUCUGGCAAUGAGUUUAUAGGUGAUUUGCCAUCAAUGUAUUUCCAAAAUUGGGAUGCCAUGAAACUUGCAGAUGCAAACCACCUCGAGUACAUGCGUGUCAAUCAAGAUAUUCAAAGCGCGGGGCAUACAUACACUUUCAAUUACAUGUACUUGAUGACAAUGACAAACAAAGGCAUGCAGAGGUUUUAUGAGGAGAUCCCUGAUAUUUUCAUAGCAAUUGAUUUCUCAGGUAACAAUUUCAAAGGACAAAUUCCAACCUCCAUUGGGAACCUCAAGGGGCUUCAUUUGCUCAACCUUGGCAGCAACAAUCUUACUGGCCUUAUCCCAUCAUCCCUGGCAAACCUAACACAGUUGGAGUCAUUGGAUCUUUCCCAGAACAAGCUCUUAGGCGAGAUCCCUUAA